AUGUCACACCUGCACCUGGGCAGGAUAUCCUCGGCAGUCGCCAUGGUCGGCAUGAGCGGAGGAGCCAGUGCCAUUGCCACUAAUCACCCUUUACUCCUCGCAACAGUCGCCAGAGGAGCAACUUCCGCUGCAACAGCAGCAGCGACAAGGGGUUCCCCCUAUUUUAUCGGCAACGGUCUCACACUGGGCAGGAAUGCCCUUGUUGGAGGAUUGGCGUUGGCAGGACACCGGUCUUUUGUCUCCCUUCCCGAAGGAGCUCAAGAGGUUGGAAAGAUGGUCUCUAGCGCUGCUGAUAAAAUGGGUCUUGGCGACAACCAGUUCGCCGCAGGAGGUUUCCAGCUGGCGUUGAUCGGAGGUCUGUUGGCAGGUAUCCGUAUCCUGGGCUCGCAUGCUCUCGAGUAUCUCAAGAAACAAAUCGUCGUCUCUGCUGAGUUCGAUUCCCGCGAUGAAUCAUACAGCUGGAUCUUGAAAGCUACACAGUUUUCCGUCUCGACAACUAUCGCAAGAGGCGCACAAAAGAUUAACGGAGAGGGCGGAGAUGGUGCUAUCGCUGCCACGUACUUUUUGCCUGCGCCUGGUCUUCACUUCUUUUGGUUCAAGAACCGUUUGCUUUGGAUGUACAGAGAACGUGUUCGACCCACAGGAGCAACAGUGGCGACUUCAGGAUCUCCAGUUGAGAACAUCACCAUCAGUACACUCGGACGUUCGCGUGAGUUGAUCCAAUCGUUGAUAUUGGAAGCUCAGUACAAGUUUAUUGACCGCGACAAGUCCCGAACCGUCAUCUUUGCAGCCGACCAAUAUGGAAACUGGAGGCGGACCAAAUCUAGACCAAAACGACCACUUGAUACAAUUGUUAUGGAUCCUAAACUGAAGAAUUAUAUUGUUGAAGAUACCAAAGAGUUCUUUGCGAGCGAGAGCUGGUACGCCGAGCGAGGCUUGCCCUUCAGACGCGGAUUACUGCUGUACGGAUCACCAGGAACUGGAAAGACAUCGUUUAUUCACGCUUUGGCCGGAGAACUGGGUCUCAACAUUUACGUCGUCAACCUGUCGAGCAAGAACCUGACGGAUGAUACGCUUUCGGAGCUGGUCGCGGAUACACCUUCACGAUGCCUGUUGCUGAUCGAAGAUGUUGAUGCGGCGUUUGUUCAGAGAAAGUCCAAGGAUGCUUCUACUGGAAUUACCUUCUCGGGAUUGCUGAACUCUGUUGACGGUGUUUCUGCUCAAGAAGGACGUAUGCUUUGCAUGACCACCAACCAUUUGGAACGCUUAGAUGAGGCGUUGAUUCGUCCUGGCCGUGUGGAUAUCAGGGCCAAACUCGGAAAGGCUACUCAGUCUCAGGCUGCAGAGCUGUUCAUCAAGUUCUUCCCUCAACCCGUCGCAACUACCGACCCUCGUUCCAGCUCAGCCGAUAAAACUAAAACCACACCGCCACGCAAGGGUGAUGUUCCAUCCUCCAUUUCUGGAGAGUCAUCCCCCUUGCUUUCUGAGAAAUCCGGCUCACCCACCUUGUCAUCGUCUAUUCCUUCAUCGUCAUCGAAACCAGGACGGACUCAAGAAGAAAUCGAACGGAUGGCAGCGCAGUUCUCGCAAGUGAUCCCGGAUCAACAGUUCUCGAUCGCUCAGUUGCAGGGGUUCUUGAUGGGUUACAAAAAGACGCCCGAGCUGGCUGUCAAGCAUGCUAAUGAGUUUGUUCGUCAAGCCGGAAGUGCUGAAGUCAGCGGAACUGCCAAGAUUGGAUACGACGACGAUGAUGUCGAUAACAGGGAUGAUGACGAUUAUGAGGUAGAGGAUGAAGCCGUGGCGGCUUCUGUCGAUGGCAAGGAUGAGAAGCAGGAUUAUUAUUGGGAGGGGGGUGAGGAACAACAGAAGGAACGAAAGGAGUUUCGAGAGGAGAAGGAGCGUGAGAGAAGAGCCAGUUUGAAAUAA